CUUCCUGCCUCUGUCCUCCAUCUAGCUGGGAUGAAACGUGGGGGAAAAACCUUUCCAUAACCAGGCAGCUCUUUAUGAGCAUGUUCAGGAAAAACCACUGUGUACCGGUGGAGUUGGAGGAUCCAUUCUACAGAGACCAGUAUGAUCAGGAGCAUGUGAAGCCGCCCGUUGUGUCUCUGCUGCUUUCUGCAGAGUUGUAUUGCCGUGCUGGGAGUCUGAUCCUCAGGAGCGACGCGGCUAAACCUCUGCUGGGUCACAACGCUGUCAUCCAAGCCCUCGCUCAGAAAGGCCUCUACGUCACUGACCAGGAGAGACUCGUGACUGAGAGAGACCUCUGCAAGACCCCCAUACAGAUGAGUUCUCACCUGGCGAUGAUUGACACUUUAAUGAUGGCGUACACAGUUGAAAUGGUCAGCGUGGAGAGAGUGAUGACCUGCAUACAGAAAUUUACUCCUUUCCUUCCUGAGGAAGACUUCCCUUAUGAUGCUGAAGAGGCCGUGACAACAUGGAUCAACAAGGUAAAUGAACAUCUUAGAGAACUUUUGGCCCAAGAACAAAGAUAUAUAGGAGAACCCUGCAUGGUUCAAAAGGGGCGGUACAGGAGAGAGGACUCUAAAGCACGUCCGGUUCUUUGUCUCCCCCUGGUGGACAAUCUCCUGAAGGACAACACGGAUGGCUGCGCUCUGGCUGCACUGCUGCACUUCUACUGUCCUGAUGCUGUGCCACUGGAAGAUAUCUGUGUCAAAGAAACGAUGUCAUUGGCUGACAGUCUGUACAAUCUCCAGCUGAUCCAGGAGUUCUGCAGAGAAAACCUCAACAACUGCUGUCACUUCACCCUGGAGGACAUGCUGUACGCCUCCAGCACCAUCAAGAGUAACUACCUUGUGUUUAUGGCAGAGCUAUUCUGGUGGUGUGAAGUUGUGAAACCAUCUUUUGUUCAGCCCCGCACACUCAAUACCAAAGUAUCUGACCCAUCCCAGUCCAAUAAAAUGGCUCCCAUAACCAAACAAAACCUGAUCCACAGGUCAGGCAGUCCGGAUCAGUCUAGGUCACAACCUAAAAAUGACAACUCGGCAGUUAUCAGGCGGUCGUCCUCCUUGUCGUAUGUGGAUGGAUGUGUGGGGACAUGGCCUAAAGAGAAACGGUCUUCAGCUCAUGGGAUAUCAUUUGAGAUUCCAUUUGAUGACAGCAUGAGUUCGACUUCAGGACGUGGACUGAGCCGAUCAGCAAGCACUGAAGGAUUGGGUUAUAAAGUUCACCACGCGGCACGAGGCAUGCGAAGGAACCUCUCGUUCCAGCCCGUUAAUGGGAAUGCCCACAGCAAAAUACGUGAGGAGGAUGAUGAGGAAUCCAACAGACAGAUCAGCAGGCAUCAUCUGGGAAACUACGCUGGGUACUCAAAUGGUGUAUCAGCAGACAACUCAAGCCCUUCUUAUGACCCUCAGCCCAACACCCCCAGUAUAGAAGAAGCCCUGAAGAUCAUCCAUGACUCUGAGCGACCCCACAGCAGCUUGCAGCCCCCAUCUGGGGACAGCACCUUUUUCCUCCACAACCCAUCUACCCACAACUCCGCAUCUGAUACAAACGAUCCAGAGGACUCUCUUUCCAAGGCCAGAGCAGUAGAUGACGUGGACCUAAAUUCCACCUCUACUGACAUGGACACCGGAAUCCACGUCCGUACCGAGGAUAUCCAGGAUGGACAGGAUGAGGAUUCAUCCCUGAAGGACUAUUCAGACAUGGACCAGGACUACGAAGCUCGUUCCUGUCCACUUCCGGAGACAUCCGGCAGCCUGUGCCCAAGCCUUUUGGGAAUGCACUCCCUGGCCACCAGCAUGGCCUCCUCAUUGGGUUCUGCUGUUCGCAUGACCAGCUUUGCCGAACAGAAGUUUCGUAAACUAAACCACGGCGAUGGUCGCAGCAGCGGGAGUGGUGGCAACACGCCUGAGAGCAGUGACCUGAACGUCACAACCCCAGGAGCGACCGGGACAGUUCGUUCGAUUACUCCUAACACACAUAGCCCCUCUCGCAUCACUUCCCCUCGUGAUCCCUCACACCUGUUGGCGUCGGAGAUGGUGCAGUUGAAGAUGAAGCUGGAAGAGAAACGCAGAGCCAUUGAGGCACAGAAAAAGAAAGUCGAAGCGGCUUUUACGCGUCACAGGCAGCGCAUGGGCAGGACUGCCUUCCUCAAUUGUGUUGCUGUGACUCAGGAUGACCUGAAGGCAGAGGAGGAUAUUGCACAGAAGAAAGCAGCUCUGAUGGAAAAAAGGCUUCGGCGGGAGAAAGAGAUGCAGAUCAAGAAACAGCAACAGGAGGCCGAGAUGGAAGAAAAGAAAGCAGCAGCACAAUUGAAAGGGGAAGAGGAACGCCAGAAGAAAGAGGAAGAGAAGGCAAGACGGGAUUUUAUAAAAAAUGAAUAUAUGAGGAAGAAGCAGCUCAAACUGAUGGAGGACAUGGACAGUGUUAUUAAGCCACGCCCCCCUAGUAUCAAGCAGAAGAAGCCACGCCCCAAAUCUAUGCACAGAGACAUCACGGAGUCUCCAAAGCCUCCAGCACGGACAACCACAGGGUCACGACCUCGUGGAUAUUCCGUGUCCAGCUUAUCACUCGCCUCGCUUAAUUUGGCAGACAAUGAGAGUGUCAAAUCAGAUAAGAGGACAUCCAGAGGCAGCAGACUGUCUCCUGGCAGUCUGUAUUUCUUUCUGAGCUCCCCUAAAGGGAGAAAGGGAAGACCAGAGUCCACAGAGGGCUUUCUGUCACCGUGUCCAUCCGUAAGUGGAAACGGGGAGAACUGGGAGCUCGAAUCAACAUCGUCUGCAGCGUCUAACACAGAAUACACAGGGCCAAAGUUGUUUAAGGAGCCCAGUGCUAAAUCAAAUAAAUACAUCAUCCAGAACGCACUGGCUCGCUGCUGCCUCGCAGGCCGCGUCAACGAGGGACAGAAGAACAAAAUCCUAGAUGAAAUGGAGAAAACCGAAGCCAACAACUUCCUGAUUCUGUUCAGAGACACUGGCUGCCAGUUUCGUUCUCUGUACACAUAUUAUCCAGAGGCGGAGGAGAUCAACAAGCUGGCUGGCAUCGGGCCCAAGACCAUCACACCCAAAAUGAUUGAAAACCUCUACAAGUACAGCUCGGAUAAGAAACAGUUCAGCAAAAUCCCCGCCAAGACCAUGUCAGCUAGUGUGGAUGCCAUCACCAUCUACAGCCACCUCUGGCAGAACAAGAAACAAAACACACCCAAAAAACUCCUCAAAUAAGUUCACAGCUCACUGGCAGACUGCUGAGUGUUCCUGCCUAUCGGAAAUUAUGAUGCACAUCCUGAAUGUAAAGAAAACACUUUUGCGGGCUUCGGAUAUUCAUUUGUGGCGAAUUCGAAACCUUCUGUUCUACAGUACGCGCACACACACACACUUGUGUGUGUUUAUUUGCAGCACUGACGGAUGCGCUUUUACAUCAUUUUUAUUUUCAACGUUCAAUUUUGUGGCCUUAUGCUUGUCUUGUUGGGUCUUUUAUGCAAUGCUUAACGCACAGUUACUGAGUUUAUGAGCAAGUCAUUGCAUCGUAUGAAGAUACACAGUCUGCUUCUUUUGUGUUUGUGGAAAUGCAGGUGUAAAAGAAUAUUAGAGACAUACUACACUUGAAGACUAACUUUACAGAUGGUCAUGCAGUUAAAGAAGCAUUUAAUGUACUGGAACCUCAAUUUUUUGCUUUAUUUAAUGUCUGCAUUUUUAUAUUUUGGGUAGGAUUUGUAAUUGUUGCACAACUGCUACGCCAGAGGAACAUGUGUAAAAUUAGCUACAGUAAGAGUUUUUCGCUCAAGACA